AUCGUGCCCCCGAGUUUGACUUCCGGUAACCUGUCAAUCAAAUACUAUUUGUAAACAAGAUGGCAACAGAAGCAGACGACGAGAGGUUUAUGACUGUAACAAAUGAUGAUACCAGUAAUUUCAUUGAAGAAAUGAAAAAUGAUAAUACAAAGAGAAAAACUAAAAGUGACAUAAAAUUAUUAACUGAAUGGUUAAAGGAGAACAACGAAUUACGGGCAAUAGAGGAUAUAUCUGUACCUGAACUCAAUCAGUACUUAGCCAGAUUUUAUUUGUCUGUCCGGUCCCGGAAAAAUGAGGAGUAUGAGCCAGACAGCCUGAAGUCAAUACAGUCAUCGAUUAAUAGGCACUUGAUGGAAAAGAGUGGAAUAAAUAUUCUUAAAGAUAGGGAAUUUCACCACAGUAGAGAGGUGUUAUCCGCGAAAAGAAAGCACUUGAAGUCACAGGGACUGGGAAACAAAAAGAUGAAAGCUGAUCCAUUCUCAUCCUCUGAAAUAGAUAUGCUAUUUGAACAGAAUCUCCUAGGAACAGGCAACCCUGAGGCACUACUUAAUACCAUAUGGUUAAAUAAUACUUUGCACUUUGGUAUGAGGGGAAGGAAGGAGCAUACUGACAUGUUAUUUGGAGACAUAAAAAUGAUGACAACAGCAAGUGGAGAGCAAUAUUUGGAAUACAAUGAAAGGCUGACUAAAACCAGGACAGGACACAGUGACAGUAGAGCAUUUGCACCUAAAAUGUUUGCAACACCAGAUAAUCCACGCUGUCCAGUGAAUGCCUUCAAGCAAUAUAUUCGUCGCCGCCCUGAAGAUGCUCUGACUCCAGACAGUCGCUUUUAUCUAAGUAUUAAAAGGAUGGUACAACCUGAUGCUGGUGAAAAUGCUAAACAGACAUGGUUUACCAUGCAGCCAUUGGGUAAAAAUACUCUAGGAGAUUUAGCUAAAAAAAUGUCUAUGAAAGGUGGUCUUACAGGAAGAAAGGUUAACCAUAGUGUUCGCAAAACUACAGUGUCCUCACUUCUUCACUCCAAUGUGGAGGCUACUACCGUCAUGCAGUUGACAGGCCAUAAGAAUGUUGCUUCCGUCAAUGAGUAUAGUUCAGCAUCAUUACAGCAACAGCAAACUAUGUCAAAUAUCUUAUCAGAUAUAGGUUCAGGAAGCCGGGGAUUAAUACCACAAGAACCAACUCCAAACACUAGCAUUGAAGCCGAAUCUGCAGAUUUUCCGGAGGAUGAUAUGUUUGACAGUGUUGAAUUAAAUGAAGUUUGCAAAUCAAUUGAAAAUUUUGAAUCUAUAGAAAAAAAUGUAAAAAUAAACAGUGGAAAAUGUUCUACAUUUUCCAUUCUUCCACAAGCGUCUAUUGGCAAUGUUACCAUAAACAUUUACAACUCUGAAAAAUAAGAUAAUUGUGAUAUAUUUGUUGAAUUAUUCUCAUGACUACUUUUUCACUGUGAUACAAAUUGUUAAUGCACUGUGAUACAUUUUUUUUUAAUUUUUCUUUAUUCAAAUGUUAUUAUUGUUGAAAAUAAAAAAAAAUAAUUU